AUGUUUACUAAAACUGUUCGUCAGGCUCAUAAUGCUUGGAGUGUAGAAUACUUCGCCAUUGCCACUGGAUCAAUUAUGGCGCUGUUCAUCAUAUACCACUGGGCAAAUGUUAUUUAUUUGAAAUAUGGACCUAGGAAGCAGAGCAACAUCACAAGAUGCCUUAUUCAGAGCCAUAGGGCGACAAGACGAUACUUCGCCGGCUCAGUUGCUGGAGUCUGUAUUGGGCGAUGGUCUCUUUACCUCAUAUACUGGGUCAUGAACUUGAUCCUGACUUUAGCCGAUGUGGAGUUCACAGUCAAAUACGCUAUCCAUUGCAAACUUCUGUUUCUCGCUCUUCGAAACACCCCUCUCGCCCCAUUAUCUGGGCAGUCUUACGAGAAGCUCCGUCCACUACACAAAACCGCUGGCUACACCUGCAUUGCCACCAGUGUACUUCACGGUAUCAUAUAUUUGGCGGACGUAUCAGAAUCGGGCACCUUGUAUAAAUUCCGCGAGCUGGAUUAUCUCGCUGGAGGAAUUGCCGGACUAUCGAUGGUUAUCAUUGGCGUUUCCACCUUUGGCUGGUUUGUUCGCCGCUCGUAUGAAGCAUUUUAUAUCAUCCACUUGGCUUUUUUCCUGCUCAUCAUUAUCAUGAUCGGUUUGCACCGUCCCAUAAUCGCUAAACAAUCAGUGAUCAUCAUCAUGUUCACAGGAUGCCUGUGGGGCCUCGAUCGAUUGCUUCGCUUUGCGAAGAUAUGUUGGAACCUAUACGGUAACCAUGCGAGCAUCAAUCCAGUGCCGGAUGGUGCGGUCAGAGUCAAGCUCAACCGUAGUCUGAAGUGCAAACCUGGGUCUCAUGCUUUUUUGUGGAUCCCCUCUCUUCGACUAUUUGAAACGCACCCGUUUACUUUGGUAUCCAACGAGCCGGCAGAAUUCUUGAUUCGUCCCUGUGAUGGAUUCACAUCGGACUUAUAUGAGGCUGCUCAGAAACAGCCUGGAAGAUUGCUGCGGUGCUCUUUGGAUGGUGCAUAUGGCCAGGUUCCUAGCUUUACCGACUUCGAUAGGGUGGUUCUCGUUGCUGGUGGAAGUGGGGCUAGCUUUACAUUUGCCAUUGCUCUCGAUCUUAUCAAGAAGAAAGCUGCCGCUCACACUAGGAGGUCAAUUGAUUUUGUCUGGACAGUGAGGCGACUAGAAUCACUGGAGUGGUUUGGCAAAGAACUCCAAGAGCUGCGGGACAGUCACAGAGUCAAUCUGCACAUUUACGUGACACAAGGCGAUAUUGAAAAGUCUAUGGAAGUCGAAAGCCUCCAUGCAGGAGAAGGAUCGUCAUCUGAGUCAAGUGUUCAUGAUCCCGAGAAAGGAUUCACUAGCAAGGAAAACUCAGCACCACGUUCAACCUCGGAUCUUCGCAGAGGACGACCGAAUAUUUCGAGUCACAUCGCGGAUUGUGUCAAUUCUUGUGGCCCCGAAGAGCGUAUUGGAGUUGGCGCAUGCGGACCUGUCAACAUGCUUGAUAUGACGAGAAAAGCUCUAUAUCGUAGUACAUAUGACAAUGGUCCAUCAAUUGAUUUCCACACUGAAGUAAGCAAAUCUGAGUUGAAAAUUUACAAAGUCGAAGCUAACACUUUGCCGCGCUUAGGAAUUCGAAUGGUGAAGUUUCAAGAGCAUUGGAGCUGGGAACAGAACUGGAAAAUCAUAAAAAUGGAGAUUUAUGAACAACCCGAAAGGGUUUAA